AGGUAAUAACAUAGUUUAAUAUGGCAAAAGGGUAGACUAUUCCUUUAAUAUUAAAAGUUUUAAUUGAAAGCUAUUCGGUUUGAAGUUACUAUGUUGUGGCUAAUAUUGUGAAUUUGUAAACCAUUUAACACUUUCUGGCAAGUAUGAGGUUUGGUACAGUACAAUCAUUUAUGUACUGGCAUUAACACAGACACAUACAACCACGGCAAGUGUUUAAUGGUCAAAGUACGAGCAUGUCUGGCUUAUAAUUACCAACCUCUCAAAUAACAAUAAAUACUCACUAGAGAAGCCAGACGUUUUGUAAUAACACAGAAAAGACGUAACUCCGAUCAUUAAGAAGUAUGAAGUUUGAAGAUCUACUUACUGAGAUCAAUGGCUUUGGUAGGUUCCAGAUGAUUAAUAUCUGCAUCAGUUUCAUAGGGAGAUUUACUCUUCCCUGUCAUUUCCUACUGAGCAACUUUAUCACUGCCAUCCCGUCUCACCACUGCAACAUCAGCCACCUGGAUGCUGAUGGGAUCUUUUGGAAUCUGACUCAGGAGGAGAGAUUGACUGUCAGUAUUCCAGCACAGGAAGAUGGCACUCUUGCUUCGUGUCUCAUGUUCUCUCAUCCUCAGUUUCACCUGCUGUCAAACUCAUCCAACACCACAAAUCUUCCUGUAGUUCAGUGUCAGAAUGGAUGGGAGUAUGAUAACAGUACAUUCACCAGCACUUUGGCCACACAGUGGGAUCUGGUGUGUGAUAAUACAGGGCUGAAUAAAGCAGCUGCCACGGUCUUCUUUGUUGGGUCAAUGUUUGGGGCUGUACUAUUUGGAGACUUGAGUGAUAGAUUUGGGCGUAAACCAACGCUGCUGUUGUCGUAUUUAUCAGGAAUGGGAUUUGCAGUGGCCAGCGCUUUUUCCUCCUCCUUCAUCAUGUUUGCAGUAUUGAGAUUCUUCACUGGAUUUACCAUCACUGGCAUCAUUACAAUCUCGUCUGUACUCAAUGUGGAAUGGGUUGACAUUCAGAACAGAAGAAUGGUGCGUGUGAUUGACAGCUUGGGUUGGACUUUUGGGAUCACCGGUUUGUCUCUAAUUGCAUUCUGUGUGAGAGACUGGAGAUGGUUGACAGUGGCCAUCACUUCACCUGUACUUCUGAGCACAAUCCUCUGGUGGUGGGUUCCAGAGUCAGCUCGAUGGCUGAUAGUCCAUGGAAAAACCCAAAAAGCUCAUUAUUAUCUUCAUAGAUGUGCAGUUAUGAAUCGUAGAGAUAACGUUAGUGCAAGCAUCCAACCUGAGGCUCUCUCUAGCAUUAUUGUAACAGACACAGAAAAGAAAAUGUUUUCUUACCUGGAUCUCAUCAGAACCCCUAAAAUGAGGAGACUGUCUUUGUUUACAGGGACCAUAUGGCUUUGUGUUGCUAUUGCCACCUAUGGAAUAAGCCUUAACAUUACAGGCUUUGGUCUUGACAUAUACAUGACUCAGUUUGUGUAUGGAGCCAUCGAGAUUCCUGCUAAACUGAGCAUCUAUUAUCUGCUUGAAAAGAUUGGCAGACGCAAAACAUCUACCUUCACUCUGCUAUUGGCAGGAAUCAGUCUCAUGAUAAACAUAUUCAUGGCUAGAGAUCAGUGGGUUGGUCGUACUGUGGUAGCUAUACUAGGAAAAGGUUUCUCAGCUGCUGCCUUUGCUACAAUUGUAUUAUACAGCUCUGAGCUUUACCCUACUGUUCUCAGGCAAAAUGGGCUGGGUUAUAACUCCUUCUUGGGUCGUCUGGGUGUGGCUUUGGCUCCUGUGGUCUUGCUUUUGGACAAUGUUUGGGGGUAUCUCCCUCAGAUCACCCUCUGUUCUGUGGCACUCGUUGGUAGUUUCAUGGCUUGGCAGUUACCCGAGACACGAGGAAAGUGUCUACCUGAGACUAUAGAGGACAUUGAGGGUACAAAGAAAAAUCCCAUUAAACAUUAUGAAAAACAGGAUGAAGCUGAGAAAGUUACAACAAACGAAAAAUGACAAUUGCUGCAAUGUUAUUUCAGUAGCCCUCCAGUUUCUGUCUCUUCCAAUCCUUCGCACCCUAAUGGUUUUAACAACUGAUGUUUUUACUGCUCGUCUAAACUCUAAAUCACCAAAUGACCCCUGUCUUUCAUCAGUAGAGUGACCAAGACUUAGAUAAAAAUAUCAAAAUAGAGGGUGUAAGAAAAUAUUUCUCUCAAAAUGAUUCUUUUCCAAUAUUUUACCCACCCACAAGAAAUCCUAGGAUAGGUGUUUUCAGCUUUAUAUGACAUUAAAUAGUGUCCUCCUACUUUUAAAGCUCCAAAACAAACUCACGGUUUUUGUAAGGAAACAUUUUACAAACUAUGGCCAUAGAUGUGUUUAUGAGAGUUAAAGUCAUGUGGAAGGCAGACCUUUGACCCUACGUUACAGAAACACAUCGCUUUAUCAGUGCAGGUGCUAAAUGCUUUGAUUGUAGAGUUCACUUCUUGUAGAAAAUCACUUCUUGGAUGACUAAAAAACGAGGUGUGAUCCACUGUGUGAUGCUGUUUAUUUACCAGUAAUCUGGAUUGUUUCCAAGUGCUUAUAAUGUGUUUGUGUAAGUUUAAACUAUUAGAGCUGUAUAGAAAACAACAACAUAUUUUGCCUGCCAAAUGCAUUUAAUAUUAAACGUUUAAAAUGAA